AUGAAAAGAAGUUUGCUAUUCUCAUACGUCCUUGCCACUGCGGAGGCAGUUCAAUACUGCCCCCUUCUUGGACCUGUAUUCCCACCCGCUGUCAAUCCAGUCACAUCAGAAGCAUUCAACAUCGCAUCUCGGAAUAUAACUCAGACACUUGAUGAGCUCGUCCAGGCGGCGGCGAAUUCGUCCGCCUCUUCUAUCCUUGACGAUACCAACUCUUUCACCAUUCAAAUAUAUUCGGCUUCCAAAACCAACCCGCUAUUUGAAUAUUAUCACACUGCACCAUUAACGAGUAACGCUUCAAGUGGUGUACAUACCGUUGACGAGGAUACUGUAUUUCGAAUUGGAAGUGGAUCAAAGCUCUGGACGCUUCUCUUGUUCCUAAUCGCUGAUGGUGAAAAACACUUCAACAAUCCGAUCACCGAAUAUAUCCCCGAACUGCGAAAGGCUGCCCGCAACACAGCUGGAAAUACCACUGAAAGGAAUGUCCUAGUUGAUUUCACAAGAUGGGAAGAUAUAACUGUACUUGAGCUAGCAUCUCAUCUGGCUGGUCUGGGCAGAGACUACGGAUUCCUGGACUUGUCUCUUACCGCCCCUUCCUUGACGAAAUAUGGGUUUCCCCAACUUCCAAAAUCUGAAAUACCUCCUUGUGGCUCCAUCGCGCCGUGCAACAGGUCUCAGUUCUUUGAAGGGAUAACGAAGACACAUCCUAUGGCUCCAACAUCGUUCACACCGAUCUAUUCCAAUGCUGCCAUUCAGAUUCUUUCGUAUGUGUUGGAAGCUAUAUCAGGGCAUACAUACGGGUCGUUGCUAUCUAAACACAUUCUCGAGCCUCUCAACAUGACCAGAUCAUACAUCUCCACACCACCUGAUCAGUACGGAGUUAUUCCAGGCGAUGCGACGUCAAGUGGAUGGAAUAUACCUGCAGGUGAUGAAACUCCAGCCGGAGGUCUGUAUUCCUCAACGAAAGAUAUGACUACGCUCGGCCGAGCCAUACUGAAUAACACACUGAUCUCUCCGGCCCUGACUCGGCGAUGGAUGAGACCAGUCACCCACACAGGCUCGAUCGACUCCUCCGUGGGUGCACCGUGGGAAAUAUACAGCUUUCAAGGAAACGGGCGCGUGAUUGACCUGUACACGAAAGCUGGAGACUUUGGAAGCUAUUCAUCAUCGACAGCCCUGUCACCAGACCACGGGGUAGGGUUCACGAUCCUCGCUGCAGGCGAUGACACAACAAGUCUUGUUGCUGUGCUCUCCAAUCUCAUCUCCGCACAACUACUCCCUGCUCUUGAGCAGGCAGCCAAAGUUGAAGCGAACACAACUUAUGCUGGUACCUACGAGUCUGUUACGGCGACAAGCAAUUCCUCCAUCUCGAUCUCCAUAGAUGACGGUCCCGGUUUGAGAGUUGAUAAAUGGAUCAGCAACUCCGUGGACAUGUUCGAUGUCGUAUCAUCGUCUGCUCUCUCGGGUAUCUCCAAUCCAGUCAUCCACCUUAACCCUACAGGGCUGCGCACCCCAUCUCAAGUUUCAUUCAGAGCUAUCUUCGUGUCACCGUCGGAUGCAGGUUCUGGAACAGGUCCCUUCACCAAAUCUUGUUCAACCUGGGAGCUAGUAGACCAGUCUAACUAUGGAAAUGUGGGACUUGACGAGUUUCUCUUCGAGCUGGAUCCGACGACGGGUGAAGUAAAGAGUAUCUCACCGCGGGCGUUAAGAGAAACUCUUCCUAAGACGUCCUAG